AUGUGUACAAGUUCUCGAAAUAUUUGGCUACGAAUGGAAAGUCGCCCAAAAAUUGCUUAUCGACUCAUCAUAUCGGCACCAAUCUUUUGUGUGACUUGUUCAUCACCGACGUUGACCUAUCGCACAGUGGUCUGUGGUCAAUGUUUAGCACCACCGAACACUAUCUAUGCGACUUUCUCAACAGUAUAUGCAUUGAUUCAAGAAUUGCUCAUUCCUUCAUGUAUGGUUUUGUGUGGUUUCAUGAGUUGUCCAAGUUAUCACUGA